AUGGACAGCGAGCGUUUGCUGGUCCCAGCCUUCGAGGAUGAGGCGCGAAGCCUUGAGCAGAAGGAAGCGAGGGAAGAUGCGAUCAAGAAGGAGACCGCGCAUCAGAUGGAGUUCCGGAAGAGGAUUCAAGAGCGGACCCGGCGGAUGGCGACGGUGAAGACGCAUAUGUCCUACAAGAGCAUCGUGCGGGAGUACGGGGAGGAGGCGGAGGAAGGGAAUUUCCUGGAGCUCCUGGAGCGGUUCCAGCAGUUCUUCCAACCCAAGCGCACGCUGCGGCCCAGCGGCGCCCGGCGGAGGUUUGAGAGCAGCGUCAAGGUCAUCCGGGUGCACGUGUCGGUGGCCAAAGUCUAUGACGCCCCGCUGCGUGUGGAUCACACCGCGCCUUCGGCGCCUGCAGCUCCCGCACCGCCAGGCUUCUCUUCAGCUGGAGGCUUCUCCUCGCAAGGCUACCCAAGUUUCGGGCUGCCGCCGCGGCCUUUAGACAUGGUGUUCGGCGCCCAGCCGGAGGGCGUGCAAAAGCACCAGCUCCCGGAGAUCGUCAUCGAGCUGACCCUGCAGGACUUCCAAGGGAACUUGCUCUUCCGGCGCACGGACCGCGCGGCCAAGUCUACGGAUCCGGACAUCAACCAGAUCCUCGAGCUGCCGUUGCAUGGAGAGAAAGACGACCUGACACAAGAGAACCUGACAAAGUACAGCGGGGAGCUGACGAUCAACAUCUUUGACGAGCUGACACAGGCCACCUCCUCCGGCAAGGACCUCCGGCUGCGCACGCAGCUUCGGCAUUUGGGCCGUUUCGUGGUGCCCUGGGACACGCUCUACAGCGCGAAGUGCAGCUUGAAGGGACACUUCCUGGUGGAUCAGUACCCCGUGCUCUUCGGUUACCGCCCGAAGGCCAGGAAGAAGCCUCCGGGCGACGCAGGUACCUUGGAGAAGCCCAGAUCCAUGUGCCUGGCCCUGGACGAACGCUUCAUUGCGGCUCUGGAAGAAGGCGACGCUGAGUCUGAGAGGGCAAGCUUGGCGCAGGAGAAGGCAGAGUGGGGCUCUUCGCCCUACGGCCACUAUGGAAGCAGCACGUACAACAACAACUACUACGGCAACCCCUAUGGCAAUUCCUAUGGCGGCCCGCCCCCUAUGAACCCCAACUACGGUGGAAACCCCUAUGGCGGCAACUACGGAGGAAACUACGGGAACCCGUAUGGCAACUAUGGGGGGAACGGCUAUCAUGGAAAUUCAUAUGGGAAUUCAUGCUUCACCAAGAUUGCGAGCUCCUCCUGUCUGAUGUUCGACUGCGCCCAUUCCCGCGGACCUACCCACUGCAACACCCAGGACUACACUUGCUACUGCCAGCCAGGGUACUGCUCCGAUGGACACGGCUGCAUGCCGCGCUAA